AUGGGUCUACGAGUAAAGUUACGGAGGACUUUUACGUCCAAGAAGAAUAGUACGGGAAGUGAGACGGGGCCCAAUGGUGAAAUAUAUUACACAAACCGGAAGGACAUUGAAUACUAUAAGCCCAACGAGAUCCCAAAGUCUAAGUACCGGGGAAAGGUCGAUCCCCAACAUCAAGCCUCCCUGCAAGCCUUCUCCCUUGCAGACGCCUUCUCAUCGGCCCGGAGACGGACCUCGCUCGCACUCUCAGGCACAUUCUCUCCUGGUGGUACGAAAUCGCAAAGUGCUGCGGCCAGUAGAGUCCACAGUAGAGCUGCAAGUCGGAGACCUUCGGUGCAGGAACACCCCCUGUCAGCGCUGAGAAAUCAGAGUGGUGCGGAUUCAGAAGGCAGUGGUAGUUCUUCGGACAGCACGAGCAGGCAGAAAAGUGCUGCAGCUAGUACGGCGUUUGAUGCAGAUACUGCAAGCACAUCCCUCUCAGACCAAGCUACGGCGGUUCCCUCUGCACCGGCCGAACCGAACAACAAACUCGCCCAGCAUGACAGUGGUAUCCACAUGCCGGAGUUGGCAGCUCUGUCCAAGCAAACUACCGGCCACGAUACACCAUUUACAGCCGAGGAGCUCGAGCAAGCCAUGACGAGGGCUACGCUGAGACCGAGGGAUUUUGGCGACAGAGGAAUUGGUGUUGCCUUAUGA